ACCAACCAACCAAAACUUGGCAGGAGCUUGGACCAGAGAGGAUGCCUCAUAAAGGGGGAAGACUUUAACUAGGGGUGCGCAGAUGUGUGAGACCUUUUAUUGUAAGAGUGGACAGACAUCCCAGAUUUCAGAGCCCCAUAUUCGAAUCCCGUGGGAUCCCGCGGCCCCCAGCCAGCGCCAGCAUGCAGAACAGUCACAGCGGAGUGAAUCAGCUCGGUGGUGUCUUUGUCAACGGGCGGCCACUGCCGGACUCCACCCGGCAGAAGAUCGUAGAGCUAGCUCACAGCGGGGCCCGGCCGUGCGACAUUUCCCGAAUUCUGCAGACCCAUGCAGAUGCAAAAGUCCAAGUGCUGGACAAUCAAAACGUGUCCAACGGAUGUGUGAGUAAAAUUCUGGGCAGGUAUUACGAGACUGGCUCCAUCAGACCCAGGGCAAUCGGUGGUAGUAAACCGAGAGUAGCGACUCCAGAAGUUGUAAGCAAAAUAGCCCAGUAUAAGCGGGAGUGCCCGUCCAUCUUUGCUUGGGAAAUCCGAGACAGAUUACUGUCCGAGGGGGUCUGUACCAACGAUAACAUACCAAGUGUGUCAUCAAUAAACAGAGUUCUUCGCAACCUGGCUAGCGAAAAGCAACAGAUGGGCGCAGACGGCAUGUAUGAUAAACUAAGGAUGUUGAACGGGCAGACUGGAAGCUGGGGCACCCGCCCCGGUUGGUAUCCGGGGACUUCUGUGCCAGGGCAACCUACGCAAGAUGGCUGCCAGCAACAGGAAGGAGGGGGAGAGAAUACCAACUCCAUCAGUUCCAACGGAGAAGAUUCAGAUGAGGCCCAAAUGCGACUUCAGCUGAAGCGGAAGCUGCAGAGAAAUAGAACAUCCUUUACCCAAGAGCAAAUUGAAGCCCUGGAGAAAGAGUUUGAGAGAACCCAUUAUCCAGAUGUGUUUGCCCGAGAAAGACUAGCGGCCAAAAUCGAUCUACCUGAAGCAAGAAUACAGGUAUGGUUUUCUAAUCGGAGGGCCAAAUGGAGAAGAGAAGAAAAACUGAGGAACCAGAGAAGACAGGCUAGCAACACACCCAGUCACAUCCCCAUCAGCAGUAGUUUCAGCACCAGUGUCUACCAACCUAUCCCACAACCCACCACGCCUGUUUCCUCCUUCACCUCUGGCUCCAUGUUGGGCCGGACAGACACAGCCCUCACAAACACGUACAGCGCUCUGCCGCCCAUGCCCAGCUUCACCAUGGCGAAUAACCUGCCUAUGCAACCCCCAGUCCCCAGCCAGACCUCCUCGUACUCCUGCAUGCUGCCCACCAGCCCUUCGGUGAACGGGCGGAGUUACGAUACCUACACGCCCCCCCAUAUGCAGACCCACAUGAACAGUCAGCCAAUGGGCACCUCGGGCGCCACUUCCACAGGACUCAUUUCCCCUGGUGUGUCAGUUCCAGUUCAAGUUCCUGGAAGUGAACCUGAUAUGUCUCAGUAUUGGCCAAGAUUACAGUAAAAAAAAAAAAAAAAAAAAAA